AUGUUUGUGGCAGACGGCGGGCUUGCAAUCAGGGCUGAAGUCGAGCGCGGCGGCGAACCGUGGCGCCCUGAGAUGGCGGGAUAUGAGACUGCUACGGAGUUGGGUACGUCUGCCAUGUGGAAGUUGCACCUUGAGCGUGUUGACUUCCAGAAGCGAUAUCUCGACCGGUGGAAUGCGGCUGGUAUCGAUGCUAUUCUUGCGCCAACAACACCUUUCAGCACCGUGAAACAUGGAACCUUCAAACACGUCGGAUAUACCGGUGUCUAUAACAUUCUGGACUACUCUUGCGUUUCCUUUCCCAGUGGCUUUUCCGUUGACAAAGACAUUGACGUGGGUUUGGGAGACUCACACGUACCACUCGGUGACGUGUGCAAGAUAAUUCAUGAAGAAUACGACGCGGGUGCAGUUCAUGGCAUGCCUAUCAGCCUUCAGCUCAUUGCCCGGCGACUGGAAGAGGAGAAGGCAAUUUCUACCGUCAAGAAGAUCUUAGAAACAGUCUGA